GUGCGGAAGCCAUCCACCGCUGCCGCAGCUGCCAAGAACUCCUCCGUUCGACAACCAGUGUCGGCUCCGGCUCCCUGCAAGGAGCCAGCCGAGAGGCAAGCGGAUCCCGCAACUGGGGGGCCCAUGCUUUACGAGAAGCUCUUCAGCCAGGCAGCCGAAACAGAGGACCUCCGGGAAGUCGUGUAUUGCAACCUUGCUCAGCCCUCUACCAGCUUGUUCUCCUCCCCUGCCACAACGCCCCGUGGCCGAUUGCCCAGCGACGCCGAGAACAUCACUCCACCGAGGAGCUCCCCAGGAAGCACCCUCACAGCAUCAACAAUGGAGUACGAGGAGUGCGAGAAGGCUCGGCCAUCACUGCCUCGCGAUGCAACGAGGAG